UCCUUUUCCUCACACUCUCUUCUACAUCUCACUCCCUUUACCUACCACUGUUCUCCCAAAAAAAAACCCGGUUUCCCCGGUCCAUCAAAUCGGAUCCCUCGGUUCCGGGUCGCCCCAUUCUUCUCCUCUAGGGUUUGAUUAAUUGUAUCAGCAAUGGCGACUCGAACCGAACUUGAUAAAGGAUUGAAGUCGGACAAUGUCAGUCAAUUGGCCGGACAUGAUGCGGCUUCUGGAAAAGAUGGAAUAACUGCAUCCAUUCCCUAUCCAGGAGAUGUGAAAUCUAAUAAUAAAGGUGAAGGAGAUGGUAUUUUGAGCAUGAAAGGAGAGGCACUUAAAGAGUCAGUAGAAAAGCACGGAGUUUACAAUCCGCCUGCUAGUAGUUACAAUUAUUAUUAUCCAGGACAUGAUCAUGGUUAUUUUCAGGCAGAUGGCUCUCCUAUGGGAAUGCAAUCAGACAAUGGAUCUAUAGUCUAUUAUUUACCGGGCUAUAAUCCUUAUGCAUCCGGGACAGUUGUUGGGGCUGAUGGACAAAUUGUUAGUCAACAGCCAUAUUAUCCGCCCUCUGGAUAUGCUCAUCAUCCUGUUUCCUAUGGAUCAGAAGCUGUGCCUUAUUAUUCAUGGGAUUCAACAUACGGAGGUGAUGUUUCAAAUGGAAACGCCGGGUCUCUAAAUGGAAAUUAUGGUUCUGUUAAGUCGUAUGGUUCGAACACUACAAAAUCUAAUGGCAAUUUUGCUGGAAAAUCUUCUAAGUCAACAUUUACACGACCAGUUAGACCUUUAAACAAGGUGUCUCCAUCGGGUUCUGAUUUCUCUACUAGCCUCUUCAAUGGAUACCAUUCGGUAGGGAAUUAUUCUUCGUUUUCUGCUCAUAAACAAGGUCCAUUCUCUCAGAAUGGUGCUGCGAACUACAGACAAAAUGGAAGGCUAUGGAAUGGAAAUGAUAGAAGUAAAUCAAGAGACAAUUUCUAUAAAACCAGUGAUUUUGAAACGUCGACUGAAUUAACUUGUGGUCCUAGGGCCUCUAACAAGAUUGAUUCUUUGGAUUCCUCUGUCAAGGAAGAUUUGGGAAUCACAGUAUGUAGAGAUCAAUAUAACCAGCCAGAUUUUGAAACCGAGUAUACAAAUGCCAAGUUUUAUAUCAUCAAAUCAUACAACGAAGAUGACAUUCAUAAGAGCAUUAAAUAUAAUGUAUGGGCUAGCACUCCAAAUGGAAAUAAAAAGUUAAAUGCAGCAUUUCGUGAAGCAGAACAGCAGUCUAGUCAAUCUGGCACAAACUGUCCAAUUUUUCUUUUUUUCUCGGUUAAUGCAAGUGGACAGUUUGUUGGGAUAGCUGAAAUGCUUGGGCAGGUAGAUUUUGAUAAGGACAUGGACUUUUGGCAGCUUGACAAGUGGAACGGUUUCUUCCCAGUGAAGUGGCAUGUCGUAAAGGACAUUCCUAACAAUCAGCUACGACAUAUCAUUCUUGAAAAUAAUGAAUGCAAGCCUGUAACUUUUAGCAGGGACACUCAAGAGAUUGGACUCAAGCAAGGUUUGGAAAUGUUGAAAAUUUUCAAGAAGUACUCAGCAAAAGCGUCAUUGUUAGAUGACUUUGAUUUCUAUGAAAAUCGGGAGAAGUCUCUUGUUAAAAAGGGCGAUAAACCUGCAUCUCUACGAACGGAACUACGCAAAAUGGGUGAACUUCCGAAACAUGAAAAAGCAGGCGAAAGGAAACCGGAAGAUGAAGUGUGGACCAAGAAAGCUACUGCUGAUCCUUCAUCUCUUGUCAAUCUAACAAAAAAUCUCUCACUCAAUGGCUACAGUCCUAAGACUAAUUCUAUUAAGAAGCCAAUCGAAAAUUCAAUUCCAGCUCCAGCUGUUGCUGCACCGUAGGCCAUUUUAUAGCUUUUUCCUUUUGUUUGCCUCUUUCCAUUGUUAGAUUUUCAUAGAGGUUUUCCUCUUAUUUAUCUCAUCUUUUAUGUUUUAUUUUA